AUAUAUAUAUGUCUGUAGUACAGCUGAUACCUGUCAUCUAAUUUUUUGUUGUUGAUAUUUCAAGCUCUUUUCUACCUGUUCGGGACAAACUGUGUUUCAGAAGGGUCAUGAUAAGAUCACCAACGUUACGAUGACCAAUGCUUUCAGUUUCUCUACAGGAAGGUUAUCGUGAACAAGUGAUUGAGAUGGACAGCUUGUUUACUCAAAACGUCGCUGACGAACCUGACGAUAUUCCUCACACUCAAGAGCCUGUCUGGAUUCUAGGCAAACGAUAUAAUGCCAUCAAAGAACUUGAUGCUAUCAGGCGAGAUAUCAAAUCCAAAUUAUGGUUCACUUAUCGCAAAGGAUUUGUACCAAUUGGUGGUUCCAGUUCAAAUUUUACAUCUGAUAAAGGAUGGGGCUGCAUGCUAAGGUGUGGACAGAUGGUUCUUGGACAAGCACUAGUCUGUCUACACUUAGGAAGAGACUGGCUCUGGACUAUGGAGACAAGAGAUAAUACGUACCUAAAAAUAUUGAAUAGAUUUGAAGACCGUAGAGCUGCUCCUUUUUCCAUACACCAAAUAGCCUUGACUGGAGCAUCUGAAGGCAAAGAAGUUGGCCAGUGGUUUGGACCUAACACAAUAGCGCAAGUUUUGAAAAAGCUUGUCGUUUAUGAUGACUGGAGUUCAGUCACAAUACACGUUGCCCUCGAUAACACGAUAGUUGUAAACGAUAUAAUGCGACAAUGUAAAAUAGAGGGUGGAACAACCGUAGAAGUUGAUGGGCGAACACCGUUGAAAGCACCCAGUGAAUGGAAGCCCUUGUUAUUAAUUAUACCUCUCAGACUUGGCCUAAGUGAGAUUAAUCCAGUUUACAUUAAUGGUCUUAAGACCUCUUUUCAAAUUGCACAGUCCUUAGGUGUAAUUGGAGGAAAACCGAAUUUAGCCUUAUAUUUUAUAGGCUGCGUUGGUGACGAAGUUAUUUUUCUCGAUCCACAUACGACGCAGAGAUCUGGUUCAGUAGACCACAAAACUGUCGAAGGAGAGGUUGAUAUCGAUGCAACUUAUCAUUGUGGAUCUGCUAGCCGUAUUCCAAUAACUGGUAUAGAUCCAUCAGUUGCUUUGUGCUUUUUCUGCGCUACGGAAAAAGAUUUCAAAUCUUUAUGCAGAUCGAUACAAGAAGAAUUAAUCGAUCCAGAAAAACAACCUCUUUUUGAGUUAUGCUCAGAAAAACCAGCUGACUGGUCACCUGUUGACGAUUGUGCAACUGAGGCUGUUGGAACCGCAACUAACGUUGUGCUUGGAUUCGAGAGCCUUGACAGGCAGUACGACACCUCGGACGAAGACUUCGAACUUCUUGGUUGAGAAGUGUUGGAUAACUAAACAUGUUCUUGGAUAAGUUGCAGAUUGUAUAUCACUACCUCAGAUACAAUCGUCAAUGUUCUUUGUACAUUUGACCUCAGCUGAAAUUACAUUUAUCAGAAGUUGCUUAAGGUGAGCAUCAAUGUAGCUAGCUAGAUAAGGAAUAAAAAUUAUUAUUAAAACAGAAAA